UGUUGUGAUAAACUUAUUAAAUAGUUAAAAUGAGCGGAAAUAAUAUGCACGGGAUCAAAUGUGUGAUUGUUGGAGAUGCUGCUGUCGGAUCAAGAAGUCUUGCAAUUACGUUUACGACAAAUAAAUUUCCUACAGACUAUGGGCCUACGGUGAUCGACAAUUGGGCUGUUAUUUUAAUGAGCGGUGGUAAGCCCUACACGCUAGGACUGUGGACAUUAGCUGGGCAGGAAGAGCAAGAUUACUUCAUAUGGAGAGCCCUAAAAUACCGUCAGACCGACGUGUUCCUGGUGUGCUUCUCAGUUGUGAAUCUUAGUUCUUUCGAGAGCGUCAAAGAAAAGUGGGUGCCAGAGAUACAACACUACUGCAAAAAGACACCGUUUUUACUGGUGGGAACUCAGACCGAUCUGAGGGAUGAGCCAGGAAGUGGGAAGGUGAAGACGAAUUCCAUCUCGCAGAAGGAGGGAGAGAAGCUGGCCAAGGAUCUGAAAGCGGCCAAAUACGUCGAAUGCUCUGCUCUCACACAGAAAGGACUGAAGAAUGUAUUUGACGAGGCUAUUCUGGCGGCGCUUCAGCCUAACCCGAAGAAAGGAGGAGGAAAGGUGAGAAGGUGGCUCAUGUCGAAAGGCUUCUAAAGACGACCAGAUAUUGGACUCAAAUUACUUCGAGUUAUCUUGCAUCUAUCCUUGUUUCUGUAGAUUACGAAUUUCAAAUGGUUUCAUUAUUUUACUAAUCACUCACUGCGGAGGCGAUUUUGUCUAUUCGUUUUUGAUUUGUUGCUUAUUGUGCAGCUGAAUUGUUCACAGAUUUGAUUACUUAUUAUUACGCAAAACAUGCAGAACCUGUUUUGCAUAUAAUAGCUAAUCGAUCAGAUUGAGCUAAUUUAAAAUUUAUUGCUUUGUUUGCUAAAAAGACUGUAAAAAUUAAUUCAAGCUUUGUUUCUGACAUUUGCCGAGUUUUGUUGACUCCAAAACUUUGUUGUGUAAAUAAAUGUAAAUUGAUUAUU